AUGCAACAGGCCUCCUCGCCUGUCCUCCAGCAGCUCCGGUCACUGCACCCUGGCGCUCUCCAGACGCUACACCAGUCGCCCGACGGAACGCUAUAUCCCCACAAUCAGGUCUUGCCCGAGCUGCAGAACCUCCACACGAGCGAUGUAUACCAACAGCAGUACGCCCUGAGCGGGCCAUCGCACCAACAACCACCGUCGCAUGCGCUGCCCGUACAUUUCGAGCAACAUGCGCUCCCGCCUUCAGGGCCGUACCCGCCAUUCCAGCCGGCGGGCUAUCAGCAUGGCACGAGUCCGCGAUUCAUGAACGCGCCCCCUCCCCCGCUUCAAGAACACGCGCAACAGUAUCACGCAUCCUCUCAGACGGUACAACGACCGGUCCAGCAACUUCCUCUCCCGCCGCCUGCACCGCCAAUACUCGCAGCGCCGCAGCCACUGCCACGCCAUGUAGAACCAGCACCUCUGCUGCAUAAGCAGGAGAGCCAGGAUGGCGACGACACUCCGUUGUCCAACCAUGGCCAGUUCCAGGGUUUGAAGCUCAUAUCCAAUCCACCAGACUUGGAAGAAUGGAGAGAGAGACUGUUUCAUGUUGACGACAUGAUCACUCUGACUGAAGAGCAGUUCCAAACUUACUUCCCUCACAUCGACAACGUCUACUCGCAUCGCUCGACCCAGCGGCAUAAACGCAAACGCUUCGUAUCACACUACUGGGAUUGUCGACUCAAAGGGCGCCCACCCGGUACCAAGAAGUCCACAGAUCCAGACAAGAAGAAGAGGAAGAGGGUCGCAAGAGAGCGGGAUCUGUGCGAUGUCAAGAUCAAGAUCACCGAGUUCUUCGAUCGACGGGAGUACGAGGAACAACUUGGUCGACGACCACCUGGCACAGAGAACGAUCCGCCGAGCCCGGUAGCAGCGACUAUGCCGCUGAACCCCAAUCGGACGGGUCAGAAUCAGAACCCGCAGUUCUUUGGGCAGCAGCCGCUACUGCCGCAACAACCGGCUGGGGGUUGGGAUAUGCCUCCGAACAUGAGCGCUCAGCCAGCCAUGAACAUGCCAGAGUACGCUCCUUCGUCCGGCGCUCCGUCAAAGAAGUUCUAUACAUUCCAGAGGGUGAAUGGAAAUGGCGGGAAUGGCAAAGGCGAUGGCGUUGCCGGACCACAUAAGCAUUCGCUUGAGGAGAGUGACCGUGUGAAGAAGAAUAGUGUCAUUAGGUGGCAGGCCAAAAUCGACAAAGACGACAGGAAGAGAUCGCAGGGCGGAGAUCCAUCCAAGAAAACGUACCACAAAAAAGCCACCGGCAAUGCCUUGAUAACAGUCAAGAACCACUCCAAAGAAGAUGACCUAAAAUUAUACGGCAGCGCAUUCUGCCCCUUCGUCCAACGCGUCUGGAUAUCCCUAGAACACAAGCAAAUCCCCUACCAAUACAUCGAAGUCGACCCCUACAAGAAACCUCAAUCCCUCCUCGACGUCAACCCGCGCGGUCUCGUCCCCGCCCUGCGCCACGGCCCUACAUGGUCGACCCAUGAAUCAACCGUUAUAAUGGAGUAUCUCGAGGACCUGCAAGCUGGACCCCACCUCCUGCCGCCUGAUGCGCAAACGCGUGCUACCUCGCGUCUUUGGGCCGACCAUGUAAAUCGGAAUGUUAUACCGUGGUUUUAUAAAUUACUUCAGUGUCAAGACGCUGGCGAGCAAGUGUCUCACGCGAAGGAACUGAGGGAUCAGAUCGGGAAACUCGUUGAUGCCGCGGAUGCUACCGGGCCUUUCUUUCUUGGUCCGCACAUCUCCUUCGUGGAUGUGCAGAUAGCGCCCUGGGUUCUGCGGUUAAGGCGCGUGUUGGGUCCGUAUAGGGGGUGGCCUGAGGCGGAAGAAGGGAGUAGGUGGAAGAGGUGGAUUGAUGCGAUUGAGGCGGAGAGGAGCGUGAAGAUGACGACGAGUACGGAUGAGCUUUAUUUGGAUAGUUAUGAGCGGUAUGCGGAGAAUAGGCCCGGGACUAGUAUGUUGGCGGAUGCGGUUAAUAGUGGGAGGGGGUUGCCUUGA